UACCUAUACACCGAGUUUUAUACAAUUGGAAACUCUCUACAACCAUGUAGAAAGACAUUGUAAAAUAUAGCUCUUGAGAUAUUACAGCAACGGCAAUUUAUGGCGCAAAGUCCAUCGCGCGCCCCCUGGACCAGGGUUAUUUGUCUAAUCCGGCUUAGCGUCAUUUUGCCCUGGAGUCGCUCUCGAACGAAACCAGCCUCCCCAAAGAAUAAUUUCUAUGCAUCUCACCUACGAGGCCGCCAGCAACAGUAUCACGUCCGGUUUCUUUUACUGUCUCAUUCCCGUCCGCCGCAUCUCGUCGGGAUCCCUUGAUUACCUCGUGGCGUAUGUGCCUGACCUGCCCCGGUUGCGCAAGCCUCAUACCUCCUCCCGUUCCUCAAGUCCGCUCCUACGAUACCAAAGACCCACCCUCAUACGCCUCGAAA